AUGAAUUCAUCACCACAACAAUCAGGUAUUCCAAUUAUUCUCAUCACUGGCUUCGGAUCAUUUCGUUCAGUACUAAAAAACCCAAGUUGGGAAGUUGCUCAAGCAUUGAAAACAUAUGCGGAAUGGACACGUCCAUUGCAUAUCAUUACUCAUCAAUUACAAGUCACUUACGAUGAUGUAUCAAAGAAAAUUCCUGAUUAUUGGAUCGAUUACAAUCCCACACUAGUUGUACACAUCGGUGUAGCGAAAGGAUCAAAAGAAAUCCGAAUGGAAAAAUAUGCUUGCAAUACGAAUUAUUGCCAUACUGACAACAACGGUUCGGUACCGGAAACAGAACAAUGUGUUAAGAACGAUGCACCGAAAGUUCUUAUGGCACAACUUCCAUUGAGUGAUAUCUGUUCUCGAACACGGCGUCGAACGCAUUUAACCAUUGUCGUUUCCGACAAUGCGGGAAGGUAUUUAUGUGAAUAUAUUUAUUAUCAAUCAUUGUUCAUUGAUUCUAAACGAACUAUUCUUAUUCAUAUACCUGAUUUGGAUAAGAAAUUCACUGUUGAAAAUCUUGCUGAUACAAUUCAAAUAAUCAUCUAUGAAGCACUUCGAUACGUUCCACCGCUACCAGUAGUAAACCAACCCCGAAACUAUUUGAUUCAAACAAACAUGAUCGUUAACAACUUCGAAAAACUUAAUUUAAAUAGACUAUCAUAG